AUGCCCUACACCUGUCAACAGUGUGUGCGCAGAAAGGUCAAAUGUGACAAGAUACUCCCAUCAUGCUCAAGCUGCGGCAAAGGCGAAUUUGAGUGCGUCUAUCAGGCACCGAACCCCCCGCGAAAGCGGAAGCGGAAGCGAACCGAGGACGUGCACGAGCGGUUGGUGCGAUAUGAGCGCAUCUUACAAGAGAGAGGCCUGCUCUCUACAUCUGAUGACAAACAGACGCACGAGGUCACGCAAGACCCAGUCUCCCCAGUGGGGAGGACUGGUGAAUUGCUCUCUGGUGACGGCAAAUCCCGGUACAUUGGCAGCAGUCUCUGGCUCAACACUGGACCAGUCAACAUACAUGAAGUAUCAGAGGAUGAAGAUGAAGAUCAAUUUGUUCAACCAGUGGGCACAAAUUUGUUCACAACCGAUCCAAUAAGCGGUGCGUUGCUUGGAGGCUCGCAGACGCUCGUCCACUAUCAUCCCAGCCACAAAGACGCAAUGAAGCUUUGGAUGGCGCACGUUGAAAAUGUCGAGCCUAUUUGCAAAAUCCUACACAUUCCAACAACGGCGAAAAUGUUCGAGACAGUCUCUCAGAAGCCAUCCACAGCAUCAAGAGCAGAUGAGUGCUUGCUGUUUGCCAUUUACCACUUUGCCGUAUUCUCCAUGUCGGAUGAGGAUUGUAUGCUCGAAUUUAAGCAGCCACGCAUUGAAUUAAUGUCAAAGUACCAACACGCUGUUCGGCAAGCUCUUGUCAAUGCAUCGUGGCUUAAGACAACAGAAAUGCCAAUCAUUCAGGCAUAUGUGCUCUUUCUCAUCUCGAUCCGCACACAGACCGAUCCUCACCUAUUCUGGAUGUUGACUGGUAUCGCAGUCCGCAUCGCACAACGCAUGGGACUCCAUCGAGAUGGAGAAGGUCUCGGCUUAUCCCCCUUUGAUGUUCAAAUGCGGCGGCGGCUGUUCUGGCAGCUUCUGCCUCUCGACGGAUACGCUGGUCAAGUCUCGGGCACUGGCAUUUCCAUCUCACCCAACAGCUGGGACACCAAACCACCACUCAACAUCAACGACGCGCAGAUCUACCCUGGUAUGACGCACCAGCCAGAAGAGCUGAAUGGUGCUUCUGAGAUGAUUUACUGUCUCACGAAAGCAGAGCUGUCCAAUUUGUACACACGAACCGGGGUCGAAACAAAGGAUGCCGGCGGUACGAUUCAACUCAAGGCCAGUGGAGAACUUGAGACGCUUAUCAACGAGGUCGAAAGCACUAUUGAGACCAAAUAUCUCCGGUACUGUGAUAUCAUCAACCCACUGCACUUUCUGGUACUCGGAAGCGUGAGAUCUGCCACCAAUGCAGUACGGCUACGCAACCGAAUCUCCCCACUAAUGAAUAACACCAUUGGCGAUCCCGAAAGGAAACAGCUCUGUGAUCUAGCUCUGAAGAUUCUUGAUACCGACUGCACGCUAUCUGGUAACCCGCAAUUAAGGAGGUUUCGAUGGAAAAUCAAGGCAGUCUUCCUCUGGGAUGCGCUAAUGUGUGUCCUGACCAGCCUGGCAAAGGUCGGGAUUUUUUCACCCAUGGAGCGCAAUAGCAUCUGGAGCAAAACGGCAGACGUCUAUUCGAAUCACCCUGAGUUUCUCGACGCCAAGUCAGCGUUCCAAGCUGCAGUUGGAAAACUAACGCUUAAAGCUUGGGCAGUCAAUCCACCGAGCGAUUCGACGCCCGAGCCGGAUUUCAUCACAAUCUUGCGCUCGCAACGCAAGGCCAAGGCCAUCGGCGCUCCGGAGAAGACUGAGCAUGGGACACUCCAUAAAGAAUGCGGAAGAAGUUUAUCCUCAUUGAACGACUCACUUUUUGGCAGCCCUGGUGAAGCGGACUUUGACAUGACCAGUGAUUUCAGUCUUUUUCCGGCGGAGUGGCUGUUUGAGGAUCAGCUUAUCGGCUUUUGA